CUGAGCAUAGGUCUGAGAUCUUGCCUGAUAAAAACUCUGAGAGUGAGCCUAAAAAAUCACUGAACAAGUCAGUCUAUCAGUACUGUGAAUAACCCGUGUACGUGUAACGGCACAGCGUAACCGAACACCGAAAAAUUCGUGUGAAAUGGCCGAGAAUAUCGACGCGGAUGGCGAGGAAAUCGCCUCGGACGAAAUACGCGAGCUGCGGCGAAGAUUUCUCGACGAGCGACGCAAGGAAAUCAACGGCGGAACGUACGACCGUCGCGACGUCGAUCGCUUCGAGAAGGACGACCACUACGUCGGACUCUUCCUGAAAUCUCGCUACGGCAACGUCGGCGACGCGCUGACCGCCGUCCACACCUCGCUCGAGUGGCGCAAACAGUUCGCGAUCGCCGACGUCCGUGAGGAGGACCUCCGGCCGCAGUUCGAGUCGGGGUUGCUCUACUUCCACGGCCGCGACCGGGAGGGCCGCGCGAUCCUCUGGUUCGUCGGGCGGCUUCACAGGAGGGACGCGUCGCAGCUGGACGCGCACAAGCGCUUGCUCGCGCACCACUUCGAGCGGCAUUGCGCGGAGAACCCGCGCGAGCAGCUCGUCGUCGCGAUGGACAUGCACGGCGCGGGUCUCGCUAACCUCGACAUGGACCUCGUCUCGUUCAUGGUGAGCUGCUUCGAGACACUGUUCCCGCACAUGCUCGCCUACCUCAUCGUCUACGACCUCCCGUGGAUGCUGCAGGCCGCGUGGAGGAUCGUCCGCUCGUGGCUGGACCCGCGGGGCGUGGACGUCGUCAAGGUCGUCGGCAGGAAGGAGAUCGUGAGCUACUUCGACGCGGAGAACCGACCCGAGCACAUGGGGGGAGUCGACGCGUUCAGGUUCGUCUACCGCGGCCCCGAGGAAAGACGGAAGGUGACCUUCGCGGAUUCCUUCGACGACACGGCGCAGUCCGCAGCGGCGGACGCGGCGAACGUCGAAUACAGCACGCCCGCCAACGAAAACCCGCCGCCCUUUCCCGGCUUUGACGGCGCCGCAGCGCCCCCUACCGGUGCGCGCAGGAGAGGCCGCAGAAAGUCGGUGACGGGUCCGUUGCUCGUUAUCAGUCCUGGCACGGAGUUGGAGCUGGCCACGGACAACGCCGCGGACUCUUCGGAGGCGAUAACGCUCACAAACCGGUCGGAGAAGGCCGUGGCUUUCAAAGUGAAGAUUACGAGUCCGCAGAAGUACAGGGUGCGUCCCAGCUCCGGCGUGAUCCAGCCCGGCGCGUCGGCGGACGUCACCGUCUCCCUGCAGUCGGGAUUCUCGAGCGUCGCUCGCGACAAGUUUCUCAUCAUGUCGACGGAGCUAGAGGAACGGCAACCGUCGGCGGACGGUCUCGCAGCGGCGUGGAACAACGCGAGUUCCGUAUUCAAACACAGACUGCAUUGCAGGGCGCGACCGAUCGCGGACGACGCCGUGUUGCCGCUAGACAGGCAGGUGUCGAAACUCACCGACCAGAUGAGCUAAUGCG